AUGGUUGUUGAUGAUCAGGGCGCCAGGGUCUACGCUUCGGGCCAGACCCUGUUCAAAGGCUUGAUGGCAGUAUACACUUUGAGUGGAUUGCAAAUCGACCUGAACACGACUGACGUCCACUUGAUUUCGUUUUCUUCCAACCGAUUGGAGAAUGGGUCUGCCAACUCUUCUGGCAGCCCAGUGCAUCUGCGAGCUGCAUCAAGCGGCCCCGUCAAUUCAUCGGCAUGGGAUCAGCAUACUCAUAGUCACUCGUUUAAUCAUUUUGUACCAUUCGAUCCUUCUUUUGCUGCUUCGACUUCAUCUUCUUCUCCCUCGACGCUGCUGGACGGCAUCUCCACCACAUCACCAUAUACCACUUCUUACGAUUCAUUAUCGGCAGCGCACUCUUCCACUCUCUGGACUGAACCUUGCAUCCCCGCAGCCCAGGCCGACUGGAACUCUUACCUACAUGACCUGUCCAUCCCACUGCCCUCGGCCUCGGCAUUGACCGAUGAUCUCCACGUGGCCAUCAACGGAAACGUGAUCUACGACAUUCCCCAACCGCCCUCGCACGGAUCGCUCUCUGAUCUGGGAUCUCAAGACUCCUGUUCUCCCGUCCUCUCGCUCGGCGCCAGUCCCUCCAGCUCGUCGACCUCGCCGAGGGAUGAGUCGUCGACCCAUGUGGACCGAUCUCGCAUCGAGAAACGGAGGCUCAACGCGCUCGCGGCACGCAGAUGCCGCCAGCGUCGCGUGGAUCGGAUGAAGGACCUCGAGGAUGAACUGGAAGCGAUGCGCAAGGAGAGGGACGAUCUCAAACUCAAGGUCUCUCGCUUGGAGGGCGAAACGGAGGCUCUCAAGGGUCUUUUGUCUCGGAAGAGUGGAUGA